AUGUCGUUCAAGACCACGGUCACCCUCGCGACCGUCCUCCUGGCGUCGCUGGUGGCCCUCUUCCCCAUCGCUGCCCAAGCUGAUGAUACUUGCAAGAGUGUCACGUUCGAAGGCGGCUACGAAGCCCGCAAAGCUCCCACAAACAUGCCUGCCGACGCGACUGUCCUCCAAGCGGUCAACCUGACGGACUUUGCCGCCGAGCUCAGGGCCGCGGGCUGGAGUACGCUACACCUGGGUUAUGACAGCGACAUUCGAGACCUUGCCCAUUUCGACCACAUCGAGUCGACUGCCUAUUCGGAACCCGGCCACCACCAGGGCAACCCCGCUGACAACUUCUUGUAUUGCUAUCCCGACUGGGGGUUUGACGAUCUUCGUAAAACUAUGCCAUGGUUUAGCCGUGCAGACGCCAUGGAGCAGAUGAAGCGGUUCUGCGGAUCCGGGAGCCCGCUCCACGGCAAGGUGCUCAAGGGCCCGCUCAAGGUAAAACUCCGCAUUCAAACGGUACCGGUGAGCUUUGUGAACAAAGAACAACAGCAGGUGUGGUGGAUCGAAUGGGGCCUGUACGUCGAGGACGGGUGGCGGAUGAGAAACUGGGAGGGGCGGUAA